UGUUCUUGGCUUGUCUGGUGUGAUAUUGAAAAUUAAUUUUGUUUCAAAGAAUUUCAAAAAAAGAGAAACAUGUUGCGGAAAACUACGACAUUUUCAUUAGCCAUCACCUAUUUUGUGCUAUGUGGAUUAACGUUGGAAGUUCGAGCCGGAGCUUGCAUUAUACCGCAACCACUGAAGAAUGGUCAAGAAAUGAAUGUGGUACGUGUGGAUGACGGAGCUUUACCCUCCGAUGAACUUUUGCCCCGACCACGCCUAGACGGACGCAUUGUAGGCGGCUACAAAGUGAAUAUUACAGAUGCACCACAUCAGAUUUCGUUGCAGACAAGUGGUGGACAUAUUUGCGGCGGUUCUAUAAUAGCGCCUCGCUGGGUUCUCACAGCAGCUCAUUGUACUGCCGGCAAAACCGCCGAGAAGUUGAAGGUACGCAUCGGCUCCUCAGAGGCAUCUACCGGUGGUCAAUUGCUGCGUGUUAAAGAGAUUGUACAGCAUGAGAAAUUCAAUUACUCGAAUGUCGACUAUGAUUUCUCGUUGCUGCAUCUGGAGAAGGAAAUACAGUAUUCGGACAAUAAAAAACCCAUCAAAUUACCCGAAGAGAAAGAUCAAUUUAUGGAUGGCGAUAUCUGCUACGUGACCGGCUGGGGAAAUACACAGAAUGCCAGCGAAUCACGCCAAUGGUUGCGUCAAGCCGAAGUGCCGCUGUUCAAUCACGAACUCUGCUCGGAGAAAUACAAACAAUUUGGUGGCGUUACAGAACGUAUGGUUUGCGCUGGUUAUCUGGAAGGUGGCAAGGAUGCUUGCCAGGGUGAUUCAGGUGGUCCAUUGAUUACCAAGGAUGGUGUGCUCGUGGGUGUCGUAUCAUGGGGUUAUGGUUGUGCUCGGCCCGAAUAUCCUGGUGUGUAUUCACGUGUGCAAUUUGCGCGUGAUUGGAUAAAGCAGCAUAGUGAUGUUUAAAUCGGGUUAUUUGUGAAGGGAUUUAUUAUAAAAACUGGCAGGGAUUCCUUACUUCUUAAUGUAACAUGU